AUUAAGAGUUCGAGAGUGCACUUUGCCGGUGUCUCCGAGAGAAAGACAGCAAAUCUAGACAGCCAUGGCGUCUGCGUCCGAGAAGGAUACGACACUAUCAGCAUUGAUGAAGAUUAGCACAGCCUCAGAUAUAAAGAAUGACCGAGUGAUCUGUGCAUCAUCAAGUAUAAACUGGGAGGAGAUCAUAGGCCCUGCCCCGAUGUCUAUUGCACUGCUGGGGCAACUGAUGCUCAUCUCUGGUGGUACAGACUUCACCUUGGUCACAGGAAAAAGGCCGGAUUCAUCAUUUGUCCGUCUUCGCUACCCUGACUCCAUGAAUGCUUGUCUGGUUCAAGUCAGCAAUGAAGGCUGGGAGGCCUUUAACACAGCACAUUCCAACAUGGAGAAAAUACACCUGAUCACUAAUCAGAUUCCAGGCCAUGCACGAAAUGCAGUCCAGAUUUUAUUGAAAGGCUCACCAGAAGAACUUAAACUUGCAUUACCAAUCCCUCUUAAGAGGAUUCAAUUGGCUGCUAAACAAUGCACAGCCCAUGCGGAGGAGGUCCAGAAGCAGUUUGUUGACGUCAUGGCAACAAUAGGAGAACUGCUGGAGGCAUGCACAGCUGCCAAGGGCGAUUAUGAGGACAAACUGAAGCAAACUAAAGCUGCAGUUGCAGCCGCCAAAAGAGCUGAGACUCAAAUCAAGGAACAGAAAACAAAGGCAGACGAAGAACUGGCACACAUGACCAAAGCUCUGAAAGAUCGUGAGGAAGACUACAAGAAGGCCUUGGAUGACAUGCCGGGAGCGCUUCAACUCAUGGGGAUGAAGUUCUUUGACAGGUAUUCAGGAGCAGUGCUCAUGAGUAUUCAAGCAGAGUUGAACCCGAUGAUGGAAAUACCACAAGCUAUUGGAACAGGAGUGAAAGUAUUGACACCCGUGGUAGGUGGCGUGUCAGACCUGCUGAAAUCAAAGACAGAGGCCGUGCCUACACAACAUGAUAACCCUUUGGGUGAGCGCGAACGGGAAACAAUUGAAUACAUAAAAAGUAUAAAACUCAAGAUCACCUUAAUCAUUUCUCUGCUACCAAAGUAUCUGGAGUCAUUUGAAGACAAGAACAGGCAAGAAGGUACAGUUAGAGAUGUCAAGGAAUAUCUUGUUGAUAACAAGGCAGAUCUGGACAGAUUCACAAAAACUCUCAAGAAUAAGUUUGAUGUUCCUACGAAGCCAAUGAUGCUGAGUCUGCUGCAGGAUCUCACAACACUGAUGGAUUCCAUGAUUGACUUCUCCAAGCAAAUGGGUCAAAAUCCAGAAAUGAUUACUGAGUUCAGACAAAAGCUUGACAAGGUUAAACACACCAUGGAGUGUGUGGAGAUGACUGAUAUGAGAGCAGGACAUCCUCUCGCCCAAGCACCACAAGCUGCUAAAGCCCAACAAAAUUCUCUUGAAUUAGAAGAUAAAAUAAUUGACCAAGCCAGAUUUAAGGCUGAAAAAACAUCGCAGAUGUUGAAGACUGCCGAAGCCCGUUAUGACGAAGUUAACCAAAGAGCGCAAAGGAAAAAUGAUGAGUUGAUGAAACUUGUUGAAGAAUUGUCCCAGAUGGAUGCCAAGGAAAUAGACUUUAACAAGAUAAGAGAAACUCUCACUAGAGGUAUAAAAGCACUUGGAGAGGUUCGCAAACAAUGGGGUAGAUUGGUUACAUUCUUUCAAAGAAUGUCCAAUGUAAUUCAGUGCAGCCUUGGCCCAACGUUGGACACAUUUACUGAAACAGCCAAUGUUGGAAGGGAACUACAGCUGAAUUACUCAUUCAGCAAGCUGAUGCAGGAUACACUCUAUUCACAGGCAGUCCAAGCCAGUGAAAUUUCAUAUGUGGUCCAUGAGGUUUCAGGAACAUAUGUUGACAUCUCGCGAGAUCACCUCAUGGAUAAAAUAUCAAGCUUGGGGGAGCUGAUUGCUUUAAAUCCAGAAACUGAAUCACAUUUGAUAAAACUGAAACACAUUGAACUGAUGAAGGGGGCAAGGAAAGCACAACAGGCAAUCCAAGAAAAGGUAGAAGAAAGGCAGUUAGAUAUGCACGAGAGAGUUCAAGCCAGACUGUCACAGAUUGAGAGGGGAAUGCAAGCUGCACUUCCACCUCCGAACCCUGAGAGAGAACUACAGAUGCAACGCAUGCGCGCUAUUGCUCAGGACCAACGUGAGAAGGUGGUCGCAGCUGCCCAGGCAGAAGCUGAGGAGGAGGAAAUGUCGCAGUUUGCUAUCUAGGUAGUUUUAAGUUGUCUGCCUGUUGACAACAAAAUACUAUGUCUUAACAUUACAUGGUGUAGUCUUAACAUGUCUAUUCAUGAGAUUCUUGAGAGGGAUUUAGAAGUUGAUGAAUAUAUAAGACGAGUAUAUGAUGACCACUUCUUAUUUAUUGUAUAAUCCGACGUAAAUUCUGGUGUAUAUAGUAUGUUUUGUACUUCUGUCUUUAUAUCACCUGAAGAAGGGACAAGAAGUAGCCCAGAAACGUCGUGUUAUACAAUAAAGAAGAAGUUGUCAUCCAUAUACUCGUCUUAUAUUAUAUGUCUUUUCUUGCUGAAUUGCCUAGCAUAGUUUGCACAAAACAAUGUAAACACUACCAUUGUUGUAAAUUCUCAGCCUUAGGCUUCUCCCGCAAUCGUAAUCCCCUUACCUCAACACGACUGCAGGCUAAAAUCAUUAAAAGGUCCAAACAAAACUUGUUAUCUUUCCGUACCAAUCUUAGUAGUUAUUGUUGCAGUUCCCGAGUCGACAACAAAAUUACAGGUCCUCUUUCACAUAAAUACUCUGCUAUACCUUUAAAGUGAUUUCAUGUUGUCUAUUUGUGAUUCGAUUCGACACUUCAAAAACACGAAAAACGCAUCAUGACGCCAAACUGCGGAUUUCAAUUUGACCCAUUUAACUCAAUAGUACAAACACAAAUAAAACAAUCCAA